AUGAAGAGAUUAAAAUGGCUGGCAGAUGGAAGUCCACUGCUUUUCAAGCUUAUAUUAGAUCACCACUUACUCCAACAUCUCCUAUAUCUUAAGUUUUCCCAAUUUUUGGUAUGCAUUACAGGCUGUGUAAAAACAGACAGAAUAACAGUUUGGAUAGUCGGUUCAUCAAUCAUAAAAAAGGCAUCAAUAGCGGCAAGAAAUAGACCGGGGGGAUGGAGCUUAGGCCUGAACCAAAGAGGAGUAGAUAUUUGGUGGCAGGGGUAUGGUGGUCUAAAAUUCAUACACCUGGUCAAAAAAGUCAGAUACUUGGCCACUUUAGAGGACCCCCCUAAAUAUUUGCUUAUCCAUUGUGGGGCCAAUGAUUUAGGCCAAACUAAACUCCAGAGCUUAUUGCAUAGAAUCAAAGCUGACAUCAAAUUGCUUUCAGGUAUAUUCUCUCACACCACACUUAUAUGGUCCUUCCUUCUCCCACGUAUUUCUUGGAGACACUCUCAAAAUGUAAGGGCUAUAGAACAGGCUAGGAAUAGGUUGAAUAGGUGGGCAGUCAAUCAGGUGUUUGCUUGUGGGGGGAAAAUUCUCACCCACCCCCAAUUCAUAGGGAAACCAGCACAACUAUAUCACUCAGACGGGACUCAUUUAUCGGACUUGGGAAAUUAUAUUUUUCUUAGCAAUAUCCAAGGGGCCCUAGAAUAUUUCGCAAAUGGGGGAGAAAGCAAAGAGUUUCCUUGUAAAUAA